UCUUCUUAACCCACUUUCUGUACCUCUUCUUCCCUUCCUCCAUUGAUUCAAUCGCCCUCCCCCUUUCACUCCGCCCGGCCGGCCGCUUCAUUUAUUCAAGCGACCAGUGGAUUUUGCAUGGAGCCCGGAGAAGGACCUUCUUCAUCCUCUGCCGCCGGCGAUCCUCCUCCUCCUCCUCCUCCUCCUCAAGCUCAGCCGCCACCGCAGCAACCUGCAGUACUGAGCCGCUACGAGUCGCAGAAGAGGCGUGACUGGAAGACCUUCCUGCAGUACCUGAAGAACCACAGGCCGCCGCUGGCGCUUGAGCGGUGCAGCGGCGCGCACGUCAUCGAGUUUCUCAAGUACCUCGACCAGUUCGGGAAGACGAAGGUGCAUAUCUCCGGGUGCACCUUCUUCGGCCAGUCCAAACCUCCCUCCUCCUGCGCCUGCCCCCUCCGCCAGGCCUGGGGCUCCCUCGACGCCCUCAUCGGCCGCCUCCGAGCCGCCCACGAGGAGGAGAGCGGCGGGAACCAGGAGUCCAACCCCUUAGCCGCCCGCGCCGUCCGAAUCUACCUCCGCGAGGUCCGCGACGCCCAGGCCGAGGCCCGCGGCAUCCCCUACCAGAAGAAGAAGAAGAAGAAACGCAAGCCGCCCUCUUCUUCCUUCCCGCCGGCUACUCCCACCUCGACGGCGCCGGACAAAUUAUCCUCAGAUGCCUCCGGCGGCGGGAUUAAAUGAUCGAUAAAGUAGAGGAAAAUCGGCCAUAUGUCGUCCUUCCACUAGAUCUGCACAGCCGACAGUUCCAACUGCAGUAUUUCUUUCUCUUGUUAUCCUCUGGCAGUAAUAAUUUCCAUUUACAGUUGACUGUUCUCGUCCUGCUCUUAGACAAAAUCCGAAAAUCCGAGUUAUUGUCACUUUAUGAUCGAUUAAUUAAUCGAGUUGACCGAACUUAUUACAGUAGAUACAUGCAUACGUAUGGUGA